AUGAAGGCAUUCAAGAAGAAAUUCCAGGAAUUGGUGUAUUCUUUUAGCACAGAGGAUAGGUAUGCUGAUUAUGAUGAGGAAGCUGCGCACCCUAAUGUAGCAGCUGAGGUGGAACGUUCGAUAUCGCAUUCCAAUCACGGGUCUCAAAUUCAGUUGGCAGAUUAUGUUGACGGCUCGAAUCCCAGCGGGAAUGAAGGGAUCAGUGAAGCUCUUUUGGCAUGGAGACACAUCGAUAACUGGACUGAGGAACACAACCCUGAUCUAGCAGCUACAUUAAGCGAUCCAUGUACUAGACACGAUAUUAACAAUGCGGAAAAGGACUUGGAUAUCAUUUUCCCAGCAUCUGUGAGAGCAUCCCUAAGAAUUCACGACGGUCAAGAGGAUUUGCAGUCUAUGACUGGUACUGGUGGGUUGCUCUUUGGGUUGCAAUUAAUGUCCUUGGACCAAAUUGUUCAAAUGAGCAGGACUUGGAGAAACGUCGCAGAAAAUCUACAACGUAAAAACGAGGAAAUGCAGCUGAGAAUAGAUAAGCAACAACAGCUCAACGGUACCACUGUCGACCUGCCUUCUCAACAGCAAAAGGGAUAUGGAAAGCUGGAAACGCAAGAUUACAAGGCUAUGGACCCUAAUCUACAAAGGAAUAUCUCGCAAAAUUACUCAAAGCAGUUUAAGUUGCCAGAUAUCCCCAACCAGCAUUCCGUGCCUCCUUUGGCCAUCCAACCCGUUUAUGCGCACUCUGGAUGGAUUCCAUUGGUCACUGACAAUGCAGGUAAUCAUAUCGGUAUUGACUUGGCACCAGGCCCUAAGGGUAAGUACGGCCAAGUCAUUCUAUUCGGAAGAGAGUUUGACACAAAGUUUGUGGUAGCAAACAACUGGGGUGAUUUCUUACUAAGCUUCGCUAAUGACUUAGAGUUGGGGAACUGGUUGUUGGUUGACGAGGAUAAUGAUCAAUUUGCCGGUGAAGGUGAACUUGUCUUUAGAGACAAGAAGACGAACGGCCCAAUUCGUGAUUAUUUGGAAGUCUUGGUCAUGAGAUCUAGAAUGAAGUAUAACUCUUAUGGAGAAAAGAAGCUUCCUAAGACUCCUAAUCAACAAGCCCAAGCCCAAGCCACUUCUUCUCAGGAAUCACAAUCUACUUUCGAUAUUACCCAGCAAGAAACUUCUCUGACAGUGGACGAAACUAACAGGGAUUCUGAGGCCCCAUCUCCUACUGCUGUCGCUGCUGCUGCAGGAACCGUGGUGGAACAGGUCAACUCUAUAGAUAAUGAUGCGGAUUCCUCUUCUUCUGUCAAAAAGGCUGAGCAUAUAUCUGCCGUUGAAUCACCAUCUACUGACAUCCAAGAUGCUUCCGUAAGUAACCUAACAAAGGAGGAAUCUGUUGUAGAACCAAAAACUGAAGUUAAGGAUGAUACUGAAGUCAAAGAUGAACCCAAGACUGAAGUUGAAUCUAAGGAGGAUGAACCAAAGCCUGAAGCUAACGUCAACACUGAUGCCAAAGUUGAUACUGAUGUCAACAGUGAGGGUGAAAAUGAAGGUGAAGCUACUGCUAAGUCGAAUGCUGCAGAAAAAACCCCUGAGUCUGUAUCGAACUCAAAGGAAGAUUCUGCUGCUUCUGAUACAAAAGAUGGUGCUGAAAAUACCGGAAAUGAGCCUUCAAUUUCAAAUGAUGUCGAAGAUCUAAAGGACGACUUUGAAAAUGUUGCUCUUUGA